AUGGAAGAAGAUGAAUCACUAUAUUUAGAGAAGGUAGCAUUGACCGAGGCAGCCCGUCCGUGGGUAGCAGAGUACCUGGAAAUCCCGAGUACCACCCCAGCAUGCCUACAGAGUGAUGACAACCCCAAAGGCAAAGAUCCUAAAGGCAAAUCCACUGCUUCUACUGGCCAGUCUGAAGAGCAGGUAGUAGUAGUAGCUCCUUUUCAGCCCCCCUCAGCUACCCCAGAUAUUGCCCCAGGACCCUCUACUACCACUACCCCAGAUAUCCCCUCAUAUUCAGCUUACCCAUUGACUGCCCACCGUUUGAGCCAGACCCUUUCUAGUAUCAACAACUGGAUGCAGGCAGCUACUUCUAAGCUGGCUAAGAAGCUCCUGGAGAACCAGCGAUUGAUAUUGACGGCUUUAGAUUCUCAUGGAAAAGAAUUGAAGGAGCUGGCCAAGGAAACAAAGAAGCUGAGAAAGACCAGAGCAUCAAGGGAGUCUGUGAAAGAGUUGAGGGUCGAAGUGGAGAAAAUAAAGGCAGCUGAUCACUUGCCUUUGGAGCUGCUAUUGCAUGACCCGACCCCAGCAGUCCAGCCUAAGCAGGAGCAGGAUUUACAGAGGGAAUCUAAGAGGAGAAGGGUGAUUCCCCGUACUGAUGAUGCGGUGAUUGAGUUGGCGGAGCCUCAGGAAGGUUCCUCUAGCCAGCCCCAGGUUCCAGUACAGGCCCAGGUCCCAGUGCAGACACAGGCUAUAGGGAUCCAAUCACAGGAUCAGUACAAGAACAACUCUAACAUAGCAGCCAAAAGGAACCUGGUUCUUGAUAGACGCUUCAAUAGAAAAAAUGCCGCUAACAAUGUCGUGAGACAAGCUCUUGCAGCAUGGGGAGAUUCUUCAAGCGAAUCUGGAGAAGAUGAUGAACCAGGUAACAGCUCUAUGAUGGCAGUAGAAAGUGAAUCAACUGAGUAUGACUCAAUUUUUGCUUUGACGGCCCAGUCUGAUGAUGAAGAUGACGAUGAUAAUGAGGUAAAUUUUCUGGAUGUUCAGAAAAAUCUAAAAUCAUAUUCUCCUAAGAAACUCAUGUCUUUGGCAAAUGUGCUAAUCGACGCUUAUCAUAGUCUUAUAAAUGACAUAGAUGUCUUUACAGUUGAACUAGGAGAAGCAGAACAGUCUAUAGAUGACCUAGUAAUAGUUGUAGUUGAUCUAAGAGAGUCAAUUGAGAACCUGAAGAAAGAAAGAAAUGUCUUAAAGAAAGGAUUAAAAAUGUAG